GCCUCAUUAAUGUUUAUGCCCAUGCUGUAUUCUCACCGUGUGCUCCCAUCCUAUGCGCUCCAUCAAUCACCUUGAUGAUUCAGUGUGUCAGCUCCUCCUGUCUCAGGUCUCGAUCCGGUCCCUUGCCUGUGGAAUUCGUGAAGUGAUCCAGAACUCUAUCGAUGCGACUGCUAAGAACAUUGUGGUGUCUUUUGACCUCUCUAACCGCAGUUUCUUGGUAAUGGACGAUGGGUGCGGAAUGUCCCCCGCCGAGUUGGACGCUAUCGGGAAGCGGUUCCACACUUCCAAAAUAUCACACCUAGAUGAUUUGAAGACGGCUCGGACGUACGGCUUUAGAGGGGAAUCUCUCUAUUCCAUCGCAGCGGUUUCGAAUCUCACUAUUUCGUCUAAAAGAGGUGACAGCGAUGCCUUCUACACCACGCUAAUCAACGGAAUAACCGUCACUAACCGCUCUAGCCGACUUCCCGACUCCCUUCGCCAAAAGUAUUCCGACACGUGGGUGUCAGGGCCGUUUUUCAGCUGUAGUGGGACGGUGGUGGAGGUGACCAACAUGUUUGGUAACGUCCCUGUGCGCGUGGACCACAUGAAAAAGUUGUCCAAGUACAGAGUGUUGGAUGAGAUCAGGCGCAUAGUGUUUGACGUGUCCAUAUUUCAUCCUGAAGUGCAAAUCAGGGUGACAUGUUCGGAUUCAGGAGCGCAGGAGCUCGUUUUAGUGGUCGGAGUGCUCCAUACAUCUCAGGAACCGGCCAUGAGCGCUUCAGUGUUGAACUCAGUCUACGGAAUUUCGACAACAGACAAGUAUGAGUACCUUUCUGCUUCCUUUGAGAACUACUCGGUGUGUGGAGUUAUUGGUUUGCACGCCAUCCAGUCCAAGGCGUACCAGCUGGUUUUCAUGAAUACCCGAAGGGUUUAUGAUCCCGAUCUCUUUCGGGACAUCUCAAAGCUCUUUAUUGCUGCUGACUUUGGGUCCUUAGAGGAAGAACCACUAACGGCUUUCCCCUUAAGUCAAACUAUGAUUAAAAGUCCAAAGAAAAUCACUUCCGUGGGUAGGCCGAUCUUGAAGCACCCUGUCUUCGUGCUCAAGGUGGUGUGUCCAGUGUCUGUUUCCGACUUAAUCCAAGACCCAAACAAGGGUGUGUACCAGUCCAAACACUUUUCAGUCAUCAGACCGAUGAUCAUCAAGAUACUUACGUCGUUUUUGAAAGUGCAGGGGUACACAAUCAGCCUGGAAUCAGGCACAAUGGGUGGUGGGCCGAAAAAUCCUGACGUUUCUCCCGGUGUGGAUAUCACGACAGGGCAAAAUGCCAGUCAGGGAGCUACAAAUCUCUCAUUGAAAAGAACCAAGAUAGCCAGAAGGAGCCAGGAUGAAGUUUAUAGUGACUCUGUGCCGCGUAUGGGGGGACUUUCAGUGCGCAAAAGGGCCCAUACUGAUAGUUCGCGGGAUACUGGGAACCUUCAGACUGCCCUACCUAGUUCCACUUAUUUUCAGCUUCAAAGUUCUAUACCCACCACCUCUAACACCAAACUUCAGAUGCUUGACCUGAUACCGGUGGCAUCUCCCCGUUUCAAGGACCUGAACAAGGUAUCGAUCGAAAGACGAGCUCUCAAGAGUGCUCGGAUUGUGUCGCAGCUUGAACGGAAGUUCAUCCUAGUGACCAUGCGUUUGACCCUGACAACGAAAGGCUUCAUGCUCCCCACUUUGUUGGUCGUCGACCAACAUGCAGCUGAUGAGCGAAUCCGGGUUGAACGAUACAUGAAGGAGCUUAUCGAACUUGCCUUGUACUGCGACAGCAAAAGUUUGCUAUCCGAACCAAUUGAAAUCGUCUGUAUCGAUGUGAGUUCCCAUGAACAGAUGCUACUCGAAACUUUCUCGGAAGAAUUCGCCAUUUGGGGCAUCAAGUUUGAUGUCUUCACCGAACCGACCUCCGUAGAUUCGUUCAAUGAACCUGCCAAACAUUCGAUUUACGUUACGCAUCUACCGCUCUUAUUUUCGCAGAAAUGUGCCUCAGAUCUUGUAUUCUUGAAAAGAUGCCUCCUACAGCACGCCUAUGACUUGCAAGAAUACAGAAAGCCGCGCCUUGUAUCUUGUAAAAGACGGAUCCAACACUCAGGGGACCCUCACGCGUGGUUUAAAAUGGUAAAGGCAGUCCCCAGGGUCUUGAUAGAUAUUAUCAACUCCAAAGCGUGCCGCUCUGCCAUCAUGUUCGGGGAUGUCUUGGACAGGGAAGCUAUGAGAGGUAUCUUGGACGGUUUAAGUACUUGCAUGCUACCCUUCCAAUGCGCUCAUGGCAGGCCAAGUAUCGUUCCACUAGCCGACUUGAAGACGGUGAAUCACUAAAUUCAUUAUCACUAAUUGCUUUUAGAAAUCUACUUUUACGGUCGAUUAUUUCAAACCCGCU